AUGCUGGCAUGCUGCAAUACUGAAUAUACAUUUUACAUGCUUAAAAGAACGAACAAGAAAGUUAGUAGCAAGCACCUAACCAUCCCUUCCGAAUUCCGAUAGCUUGGACACGUUGAAUGACGAUAGGAAGCAACACUGAUUUUCUGGGCGAGAUUGAGCGCACGCCCAAAACUUCAACAAAUGUGACUUCAUCAACUUGCAAACAAUGCUCUGUCUGCACUAGUGCAUAGAUUGGUUACAGUUGAACGUUACUGCUCAGAGCAAAUGGCUCUUGGCUCUUUCUCUCUCCCACUGUUUCCUUCACCCAGACCAAUUUCCACUCUCAGAUCCCCAUUGCUCUCCCCCCCGCUGCGCUUCAGGCUGCCACUCACUACUGCUAUCGGCCCUGACGGCAAGUUCUACCCAACCCCAUCAGACGACGACCCGCCAGAAGCUCCCGAGGAUUCCAUGCACGGAGUCAGUAAGUUCCAGCAGAUCCACCGCCAAGCUGCCCGAGCUAGAAAGCAGCAGGAGGAGCGGGCUAAGAACGAGCAGUCCAUUUUUCUCAACGCCAUCGCUGACGUUGAGGACUCGCCCGACGACCCUCUUGUGGACGACGGCCAAGACGAUUUCUUCGGUGAAAUUGACAAAGCCAUUGCUUUGAAAAGAAAGGAGUUUGUGAAGCAAGGUCUCUUGAAGCCCAAUCCAAAGAAGGCCACCCCUCCAGAAUUAGAAGUCAUCGACGAGCUGGAUCCAGAGGAGGUGAUCGAUAUGGAUGAAAUCAGAGAGCUUACUGGGCUGACUGAGAUAUCAGCAGGCGGUGCUGAGAGUCAAGAGCAGAGCACCCAAAACAAGGUGAAAGGCGAAUUUUCUGAUUUAUCAUCAUUUCACAUUGAUUUUGACAAUAUCAGUAAAACUAGGCCAAGAAUCGUAGAACCCACUUUUAGGAUGAGUUUGGCUGAACUUUUAGAUGAGAGCAAAAUAGUGCCCAUUUCAGUGUAUGGGGAUAUAGAUGUGGAAGUCACUGGGGUCCAGCACGACUCUAGGUUGGUUGAGAGCGGGGAUUUGUAUGUGUGUUGUACAGGGAGGACGGAGAAGGCUGAUGAUGAUAUGCACGUAUACUUAUCUGAGGCUAGCAAGAGAGGAGCUUCUGCUAUAGUAGCUAGUAAAGAAGUUGUUGAUGUUGGGCAUAACAAAGCGUUGGUCAUUGUAGAUGACACUGAUGCGGCUCUUCCCAUCUUGUCGGCUAUCUUUUAUAGGCACCCGUCUAAGAAUAUGUCUGUGAUUGGCAUCACAGGAAGUAAUGGCAAGACUGCUACCUCAUACUUGAUUAAGUCAUUGUAUGAAGCUAUGGGGUUAAGGACUGGGAUGCUGAGCUCAGUGGCUUACUAUAUUCACGGAGAUAAUAAGAUGGAGGAUAUAGAGCCCCCAAUUGCAACCUCUGAUUCUCAUUUGGUUCAGAAGUUGAUGGCUAAGAUGUUGCAUAAUGGAACAGAGACUUUAGUGAUGGAUGCUUCUGGUAGUUGUGAUGAACUGGUCGAUUUUGAUAUUGCUGUUUUUACAAAUCUUACUCAGGACCAUUUGGAUGAUUUCCACAACGAAGAUGAUGAUGAUGAGGAGUUGAAGCAUAGGAGGAAUGCUAUUGCUGAAUUGUUUACAAGGAUGGUUGACCCUGAGAGACACCGCAAAGUGGUGAAUAUCGAUGAUCCAAAUGCGGCAUUUUUCAUAUCACAAGGAAAUCUUAGUGUGCCGGUCGUGACCUUUGCAGUGGAGAACAAAAAGGCUGAUGUACACCCCUUGAAAUUUGAGUUGUCUCUAUUUGAGACAACAGUAUUGGUGAACACACCUAAGGGCAUAUUGGAGAUUUCUUCCGGAUUGCUCGGGCGGCGAAGUGUCUAUAGCAUACUUGCAGCUGUGGCGGUUGGUGUUGCCGUCGGGGCACCUUUAGAGGACAUUGUUAAAGGUGUCGAAGAGGUCGAUGUGGUUCCUGGUAGGUGUGAAUUGAUUGACGAGGAACAAGCUUAUGGAGUUAUUGUGGAUCAUGCUCAUACUCCUCGUUCGUUAUCUACACUUCUUGAUUAUGUUAGAGAGCUAAGUCCACGGAGGAUUAUCACUGUAUUUGGCUGUGCUGGUGAGAGUGAUAGGGGGAAGAGGCCCAUGAUGACAAAAAUAGCUACUGAUAAGAGUGAUAUAACAAUUUUGACAUCUGACAAUCCAAAGAAUGAAGAUCCGCUGGACAUCUUGGAUGACAUGUUGGCUGGUGUAGGGUGGAGUAUGCAGGAUUAUUUGAAAUAUGGAGAGAAUGAUUAUUACCCACCACUCCCUAAUGGCCAUAGACUCUUCCUUCAUGAUAUCAGAAGUGUAGCUGUACGCUGUGCAGUUGCAAUGGGUGAGGAUGGUGACAUGGUUGUAGUUGCUGGUAAAGGCCAUGAGACGUACCAAGUAGAAGGUGAUAAGAAAGAGUUCUUUGACGACAGGGAAGAAUGUAGAGAAGCCCUGCAGUAUGUUGCUGAGCUUCAUCAAGCUGGGAUUGACACUAGUGAAUUCCCAUGGCGGUAUCUUUCUAUCAUCCACCCCCCCCCAUAUUAUGUCACCCCAUUUUUACUGUGCUGAAGCAUUAACAGUGCUAGGAAAGGGGGGAAAAGCGUCAGAAGUAAUUUUCUUGUGCUUGAUUUUAUUUUGGAAAAUGCAAGGGAAAUGUUAUAUGAAUAGUUUUGGCUUAUAUACAUUUCUCAGUCUUAACAGGCACAAAAAUGAGAAUCAACAAAUAUCUAUAAUAAAGUCAUUGAGUUCUAGCAUGUAUUUUAUUUCCACACAAUUUCUUUCCUUAAAUUUUCUCUAAUAUUUGAUAGAGUCCAAACAGACUCCACCACGAAUGUCUUUGCAAAACAAAAUUAAAGUAAAAAGGAAAGUUGCUUUGAUCAUGCAACAGGCUGCCAGAGAGCCAUUGAUAUGAGGCAGGAAAGUUGCUGGAUCUCGACGACGAGCAGGGAGAGAGAGAGAGCUUGGUAAUGAAACUGGAGCCAUGAGCAAUCGUGUAAUGGACGGUUUUGAAAAUCAAGGAGGAAAAGGCGAUUUCCUUGAGGAAGUGUGGUUUAUGAUGUGCUUGAAAAUUUAACAACUCAUUGUGCAUGGUUUCAAGAAAGUUUCAGGUGAUUUUUCUAUAGCUUGUUAUUUGCAGCAAAUGUUUCGUUAAAAGUCUAUGUUUUUUGUUGCAGAUUUAACAAUGUUGCUGUACAACUGCCCAAAUCAAAGAAAUGGAAGUACUAAUAGAAUAAAUAUGUGAUUUGUGGGUGAUACUCCGUGCGUCCUUUGUAAACGCCAACAAGAUUUCCAUUGUUGACGAAUAAAGAAGCUAAUAUCGCUAUCACACAAAUGAUAUUGUUUAGGGGUCCUAAACUUAUGUUGACAUGAAACGUAUGUUCUCUUCCUCAAGUACUGACGAGAUACGGGAUAGAGAAUGCGGGAGAAGCACGUAAAUAUUCAAAAACAUAAAGAUACAAUUCAUAUUUUUAUAUACGUUUCCG